AAAAUUCAAUAUGGAGUAUGGACCAGAUAUAUACUAUUAUAUAUUAUAUAUAGCAGAAGAAGCACUAACCAAAGUUGUUUUGCACCUAAACCAAACUCAAAAUUAGCAACACAAACAUAUCAAACCAGACAAAUAAGAAUAAAGAAGAUAGACUAUACUAUUUCCAUUUGGUUCCGGUUAUUGUACCAUGCCUAGUAAUUUUCUAAUUUCAAGUCACAAUUCAAAACUUUGAUGAGGAAGUAAUCUUUGUUAGUUUUUAAAUGUCUAUUGAAUUGGUUCUCUUAUUGUUGUUGUUGUUAAAAAGUCGUGUUUACCGAGUUAACUUGAAAUAUCAGCUAAUUCGAAUAAUCAAAAAGCAAAAAAAAAUCCAUGGAUCGAGAGGAUGCAUGUGAAUGGUUUUUUACAGUCUUAUUCGGUGUCGUCUAUGUAUCGUUUCUUCUGGCUUUCUUUCUCUGGAUUACUACUUUGGUCCACGACAUACCUCGAUGCUCAAUCCAUUACUUUUACAUUCCUGUCCUAAACAAAUCUCUCAAUUCAUCAGACAACACCACUCUCAACUUCAUGGUUCGUCUCAAGAACAUCAACGUUAGGCAAGGAAUCUAUUACGACGACCUUCACUUAUCUUUCUCCACAAGUAUCAACAACUCCUCUCUUCCUGUGGCUAACUACACAGUGCCAAGAUUCUAUCAAGGACACGAGAAGAAGGCCAAGAAGUGGGGACAGGCCUUGCCUCUUAACAACCAGACGGUUUUUCAAGCGGUUUUGCCUAAUGGCUCGGCGAUUUUUCGUGUGGAAUUGAAGAUGCAGGUAAAAUACAAAGUCAUGUCAUGGAAAACAAAGAGGUAAAAAUUAAAGGCUAGUGUGAAUCUUGAAGUCAACGAGGAUGGAGCCACUAAAGUCAAGAACAAAGAGGAUGGGAUUAAAAUGAAGAUAUCAGAUUCUUCUCCGCGACGACUAACCUUCUUCCAACUUUGCUUUUCGAUUAUUUGUGUUUUGAUGAAUUGGCUCGUCUUUUUGGCUAUUUGUUAAAUGAUGAGUGAUAUUCAUUUUCCAUAGCCUUUUUUUCUUGCAUCUUUUUCCUCUGUUUUGAUGUUUAUUAGAGAUUUUGUAUAUUAGUGUAGCUUUGGUUUGAUGUGUAUUAACCGUUUUUAUCCCUUUGUAUAUAUAAAGUCAGUUCCAACUUCUUUUUUCUAGUUUCAUAUAAGUA